AUGGAUACGGACGUCGACGGCCGGAAACAGAUGGCGGCGGAGCAGGGAGGAGCCGAGCCGGUGCUGGCGGCGGGUGCCGGCAGGGCGGGAGAUGGAGACCGGAAGCAUCUCUCCUCCAUCGCCAACCACGUGCUCCGGCAAUGCUCCCUGACUCUGGACAGGAGUGUUAAUGAUUUGGUCGCAGACUUCGAUCUGGGCUUGAAGACUGCUGCAGUUGACAGCUACUCAAGAAGACUAGUUGAGUUUUGUUGCCUUCAGGCACUGCAGAUUAUCGCAUCUCAUGAUCUAGGAGACAAGAUUAGUGAGGGAUCGCUUAGUCGGUUCACUUUUGAUAUGAUGCUGGCUUGGGAGACCCCCACACAUUCGGAUCAACAAAUUACCAUGGAGAGCGUCGCUAAAGAAAGAGAAGAUAGAAAGGAGCCACUUGGAGCAAAUGAAGCCGUUAUGGGUGAUGAGACUUCACUGUUCUAUUCAGAUAUGAUGCCUCUUCUUGUGAAUGAAGAGCCGACCGUUGGAGAAGAAGCAUAUGUGUGGUUUGGAUCUGUAUUCCCUUUGGCUUGUGAUGUUGUCAAUGCUCGAUUCACUUUUGAAGCUCUUACUGCUACCACAGCUAGCAGGCUUCACUAUCCUGCUUAUGACAGAUUCCUGAAAGAAAUGGAGAAAUCAUUCAAGUUCUUGCAAAAUUUGCCAACUCCAACAGGAAUUGAAUUUGCUGAAGACGAAUUCAUUUUGCACACGGAGGGGACAGCAGGAACACAAAGGGUAGUGCGGCACAUUGGAACCACCAGUUGGCCAGGUCGGCUGACUCUGACAAACAAGGCACUGUAUUUUGAGGCUUCUGGCAAAAUUUCAUACGAAUCUGCUUUCAUUGUGGAUCUUUCAGACAUUGAAAUAGAACACCAAAUUAACACAGCUUCAACGGGCCCUUUUGGCAUGCCUUUGUUUGACAAAGCCAUUGUGUUUGAAUCACUAUCGGAGCCUCUGGUUUUGGAGUUCCCUGAGAUGACCAGCUCAACAAGGCGCGGCAUGUGGCUUACCCUGAUAAGAGAAGUACUCUUUAUUCACCGUUUCAUAUCAAUGUACAACAUAGAAUCCCCCAUUCACAAAUGGGAGGUACACUCCAGAAUUAUAUUGGGAGUUAUAAGGCUCCAUGCUGCAAGAGAGAUGCUAAGGAUGUCACCACCACUCCCUUCUAGCUUCCUAGUAUUCUCACUAUACGAUGACCUGCCUAAAGGUGAUUUUGUACUCGAACAACUAGCGAGCAACCUGAAAGAGACGUCGACAAUAACUCGACUGAGUGCAUCCUAUGUGUUCAAGGGUUUGAGCAAAUCUUAUCUGAUACCUUUGAGUGCGGAGAUAGCAAACGAUCAUGACACGGACUCGCGUAGCCAUGAACAGCCCUUGGCGUCCCUCGAAAGCAUGAUCGAUCAAGUAAAAGAUGAGGCCAGGGAAGUCACCGCUGCUAAUGUUGCCAUUCAAGGGAUGAAGGACGAAGGCAUCACUGAUAGCCUUCUUGUAUUGGUGGGGUUGGUUAGCCCCAUGGGCAAAUUGCGUCCAGUGAUUCAGCAGAUAACCUCGUGGGAGAGACCGCUUGUCACAGGUUGUGUCCUUGCUGUAAUUUUGCUGACCAUAUACAACGAGUGGAUCGGUUAUGUGUUAGCCGCGUCCCUGAUACUGGCAGUUGGCGAGAUGGUUUGGGCUAGACAGAGAAAGAUCGGCAAGAUAUGCUCGGAAGUGGUCAUCGAUACUUCUUCGGACAAGACAACAAUGGAGGGCAUAGUGGAAGCGCAGCAGAGCCUGAAGAAAGUGCACGAGUACAUCAAGACAGCAAAUGUCGUCAUCCUCAGGCUGUGGUCGAUUGCGGUAGCGAGGUCGCCAAAGCACACGGAGACGAUGAUGUGGAUGCUGACGGGGUGCGCGGUGGCGCUGGCCGUGGUCCCGUUCAAGUACGUCCUGAUCGGGUUGACGGCGGGCGGCUUCGCGGCGAACACGAGGAUCGCCAAGGCCGCGUCGAACCCGCAGGGAGGCCGGAGGUGGAGGGAGUGGUGGGAGUCCAUCCCCGCCGUCCCGGUUCGGACGGUCGACAAGAGUGAGCUAGGAAAUAGCUCGACGAAACUGAAACUGGCGGGAACUCUUGGGUCUGGUGUUACUACACUCUGCAGCCUCGUGUAUGCUUUGCAGUGA